AUGAUUACAAACGUCAAAACCCCGGUAUUCCCCGCGAUCUUUCUAAAGAGCGACCGGAAGGGUCUAUAUCUUACCGCUAGGCGCCUGAAGACAUCCGUCCAAACCCGCAAUUUAUGGAGAGGUGCCAACCAGACGCAAGACUUUUACAAUAAUUGUGGACCGAAGCGAAUAAAAAUCUAUCGACGCCUCGAUUUUGUUAGGAUGAGGGGGAAGCCUUCUCACCCGUGGCCGGCACAGAUCUAUAAUCGUCGUCGGUGCUGGGGGAAACUCUGGGAACGACCAAAGCCCACCAAUAUCCCCGAGCACAACCGAGCAACAUACUCCCUUAAAGACUUUUGGGGCGAUGAGGGAACACAUAUACACAAGAAGAUAGCACAGCUCAAGAAGGAAAUGGAGACCGAUCCUUAUGGGGCAUUGUUUGGAAGACGGCUUGAACCUUUCACUGCCCUGCACAAACUUGAAGACACUUGUGCAACCCUAUAUCGCUCAAUAUUUGGUCUCGACAAAUUUGAGAAGACCUGGUCAACGGACACAACGACCCGUUCAAACCAAUCCAAGAAUGAUUCCACAGAAAGCCGGCAGAGGAAAGGAUCAUCGUCAAAAGAGCCGGGAAAUGGAGGCGUUGCAGAAACCUCACACAAAAAGAAAACCAGUCGAUAUGAGUUUGACCCCAUUAGUGGUCGAAUGGUACUCAAGAAACCCAGAAUGACUGAUGCAAUAGAAGGGGAAAGACCCGCUGGUGGGGAAGACUCGGCGAAAAGAUUUGCCAAAGACCCGAAAACACAUAGGAAGGGUACUGGUUAUUUGUCUUCCAUAAGCCGGACAGACAUCAAAUUCAAAGCCACACCAGAGGAGAUUGCCGACUUUGGUAGCUCUGACAGCGCCCCACCGAAGUCACUGAUUCAAAAGGACCCCAAGAGUCAAACCAGAACAGAAGAAACCUCUGUGGCUUCCAGUGAAGCGGAAAACAGGCUGUCUGAUCCCUCAUCGGAAGACAAACUGAUCGAUAAUACGACUAACACAUCCGAGAAUGGAUUUCUCUAUCACGGAUUCUCUUCUGAGAUGCCAUCCAAUACAGUGCACAGUAAAAACAUCGGCCCUAGCUACCCUGGGUCCUCAAAUGACGCCUCUCAAGACGAUUCUCCACCUGUGGACUCCAGAUGUAACAACUCACGCGAUUUGAAAGCUAAAAUCAGGGAUGCGAAACAGAAGACGGAGAACCUGGACCGCUUACAAGCUAGCGACAUCCGUUCUCGCUAUGAUACUGGAAAGUUCGACAGAAGCCUCAGCUUGCAGGAUCAAAUGGGAAAAGAAAUGGGUGAGGUGUCAAGUAUAUCUGCAGCUUUGACUAGCGAUCUCGGUGCUCAAAAUGUCCACAAACGAUCCGAAACUCAUGAGCAGGACAAGCAUCUGCACACAGAGGCCCUGAAACCGAGUACUCCAAGUCAAGAAGCUUCAAAGGAUAUUGUAAAACCUCAGAACUCCGAGCAGAUCGAUCACACGCAAUCGGCUUCCCUAAAAGAUCCUCAAUUCGCUGAAACAUACCGAGUUCUAGCUUACGAUCCCUCUACCCUACAAAUAACACAUGCAGAGGCAAGCACCUCUUUGCAUCGAAUGAAUGAAGCACACCAUCCUAGCGAAAUUCUUUCACGUUUAGACAACCCGGCAAAGUUCUUACCAUACUUCGAGAGAAUGCACGCUGACGGCUACGAGAUUACCUCGGGUGGUGAGGAUAUACUGGUAUUCAGAAAAGUUUUCGGAAAGCCAGAGUAUACUGGGUCUGCUCUUGGGCAAAUUGCAAGCGAGGCACAAGAAAUAAAAGCACAGCUGAGAAACGAACCCCUGCUUGAAAAGGAGUCCACCAAAGAGCCUGAAUCGGUCUCCAAACAAUAUCCCAAAUCUGAUAACAAAGAUGCUGGCUCUGCCGAUCCGCCAGGGCCAUCUGCGUCGGAUGGAGGAUCUACACGAAGAGGCAAAGCUGAUUCCUUCAAAAGCGAAUCAGUUAUUGGCAGCGUAGUUCGCAGAAUGUUCAUAAGUGGUGCAGCAACGGCAGCAACGUGCUACGCUAUUGUAGUUGUUGUUGAAUACUUUCGCACCGGUGGUGAAGAUGGAUUGGGCAUUGACGCAUUUACUGAAUUUGAGUCUGAGAGGCGUCGAAGGGAUAUGGAACAGUCGCCUGUCUAG